AUGAGCUCCGAAACCCUAGGCGAGGAGAAGAACUCCGGCGACGGAUCCCCUCCCGGAGACGAGGAAGAGGGGAAGGAUCGUGACCCGGCCACUCCAGAUGCUACUGUUGCCGCCGCCGCUGCUGCUGCGGCGGCGGUGGAGGGAGAGGAGGAGGCGGAGGAGGGGGCGAAGGUGGAUGGGGAGGACGUGGUGGAGAAGAAGAGGAGGGGGUCGGCGGAGAAGGAGCCAGCGACGCCCGUGGAGAAGAGGCCGUCGAGGGAGCGGAAGGCCGUCGAGAGGUACACGUCGGCGUCUCCCCGGAGCUCCUCGGCGAAGAAGUCGCCGGCGAUCUUGCAGGGUUUUGGAACCAUGCUGAAAGACAUUCCAAACGUUUCUUUCAAGAUGUCAAAAAGAAAAGCUGAUGAGAAUCUUCAAGUCCUUCACAGAAUUCUUUUUGGAAAGAAAUCGAAUGCCCAUUCUCUGAAGAGAAACAUUUUACAGUUCUCUGGUUUUGUUUGGGAUGAGAAUGAGGUAAAGCAAAAGGCCAAGCUUAAGGAAAAGCUUGAUAGAUGCCACAAAGAGAAGUUACUUGAUUUUUGUGAGUUACUUGAUGUGCAUGAUGUGAAAACUGCUACCAAGAAGGAGGAAAUUUCAGCGAAGUUGUCAGAAUUUUUGGAAUCUCCAUAUGUUACGAGAGAUGUUUUACUUUCUGAGAAACAGAAGAAAUUUAAAAAACAUAAGAGAUCGAAAGGACUGGCAACAUCGAAUGAACCAUCUUUAGAUAGAGAGGAAAAGAGACAAAGGAAGAGUAGUAAGCAAUCAGUUGAAGCUGAAAAAGGAAAUGAAGAGGAUCAUUCUGCAGAUUCAGAGGAAGAAUCUAGAGAACAACCAAAAGAAGAAGAAGAAGAAGAAAAAGGCAAUAAUGAAGAUUCAGAGAAAGAGACCGACCACGUUAUGAGUGAUCAAGAAGAAAGUCAGGAAGAUGAACAAGAAAAGCCUGCUACGAGCAAAAAGGCUUCCAAAGAGGUGGCACAAAAGAACACUGGGUCAAAGGGGAAAGAAAAGGCCUUUUCUGCUGAAGAAGCCAUUUCUACAAACCCUGCUAAAAGCCCUAAAUCUGCUUCUAAGAUAAAGGUUGCUGCACAAGAUAAACCAGCUGACCAAUUGGAGGACAAGAGUUCUAAGGAGCUCAAAAAGGUAUCUAAGAGCUCUUCAAAGGGUAGUGAUGCACCUCCGAAGUCCAAUAAGACCAAUAAAGGCUCCUUAGAAUCUACACCAAGCAAAAGAUCGAGAGAUGAGGCUAAAUUGGUUCCAUCAACAGCUUCCAAAUCCAAGAACAAGGAUAAGAGUAAAUCACAGAGCAAAAGCUCUUCUACUGAGAAUAAAAAGACAAGCGAGAAAAGUGCUGCUAAGGCGGAGCCAAAGGUUUCUGCCACAAAACAAAGAAAAGGCAAGGCAAAUGGAGAUGCCCCGAAGGGACCAAGCACUGAAGAAUUACAUGCUGUGGUUAGCGAGAUAUUGAAAGAAGUGGACUUCAAUACGGCAACUUUAGCAGAUAUUCUCCGGCAAUUAGGAGCGCAUUUCAAUGUGGAUUUAAUGGAUAGAAAGGCAGAGGUGAAGCAUAUAAUAGAAGAAGUGAUAAAUAAUAUGUCAGAUGACGACGAUGACGAUGACGGCAACGAUGAUGAUGAUCAGGAAGAUGAGGAUGGCGAAGAAGAUGCGCAAGAAGAAGAGGAAGAUAAUGAUUCAGAUGGAGAUGAUGGUAAGUAGCUUAAGGAAGGGGGUACGCAUCUUCUACUACUGUUAUAGUUUGGUGGCGAUUUUCCGGUGAUCUAACUUAGCUUAAAAACUCAAAUAUUCAAAUGUGAAAGAUGUUGUAGCCUUUCUUGUAGCUAUGUUGUACAAUAUUCUCUUUUAAUUAGACCUCUUCUGAUCA